CGAGUUUGAAUGGCGCAUUUUCCCUCUCAAAGCUCCUGAAGAAGCACGAGCACCAAAUGUUCGUGAAAAUGCCAACAAGAAACCCCAUCGUUGGCAUCGAGCAACCCAAGACUCUCCGCAGAUCUCCGAGAUUUCUCCACCAUAAAACCACCAUAGAACCACAAACACCCACCUCUCUCCGAAAGUCCCCUAGACUCCACCCGAAGAAUACAACCUCAGAACCCGAAGAUCGGAAAACCCCCAAAUCUAAGUCCAGAAACCACAGGGCACGCUCUCCUGGUCCUCCUCUCAGCUUAGCGCAAGAUAAAAGGGAUUACCCGGAAAAAGGUUCAAAGAAAACGAGUAAAUCUGAUUACGUGACAAGAAAUGUCGCCAAUUUAUGUUCUGGGUCGAGAAGAUCUCCAAGGUUGAACAAUGGGGUCGAAGGGUCUCGGAGUCUCAGACGGUCGCCGAGGCUUUCUUAUCAGCAAAAUUUAGUCAGUAAGUGUAAAGAAUACUUGGAGAAAGUUUCGGGAAAGACGAGGAAAUCCGAUAUUGGGUUGAGUAGUGGAGGUCUAAGUUCUGGGUCGAGCAAGUCUCCAAGUUCGAAUUGUAGUAUUAAGGAAGUUGGAGGCCUUAGACGAUCUCAGAGGGUUUCUAAUCAGCGAAAUGUUGAUGAUGAACAUGUCGAGAAGAGCGCUAAGUCUUCGGAUAAAGUGGAUUUAACAGAUGACGGGGAAGCUGAAAGGGGAUUGAUCUCUUGUGAAUACAUUGUGGGGAAACGUGAAAGGAAGACAAAGGGGAGUUCUAUUGGUCCUGAAGCGUUUAUGGUGAAAGGCGAAGAGAGGACGGCUAUGGAGAUUGGGGUUAAGAAGAAGAGAAAGCGAGACGAGGAAGACAGUGGGAUCAGUAAUGGGUGGACAAAGGAACAAGAAUUGGAAUUGCAGAGAGCUUAUUUUGCUGCCAAGCCGACACCCCAUUUCUGGAAGAAGGUUUCCAAAAUGGUGUCUGGAAAGACUGAACAGGAGUGCUUUGAUAAAGUUCACUCCGAAAAUUUAACCCCUCUUCAACCUCGGCCUCGAUCAAGGUCCAAGAAAGCAAAGUAUUCUCCCCUUCAACAUGUUUCACUUUCUGCAAGUAGAAUAUUGCUUAAGCCAAGGGUUAAAAUGUUGAGAUGCAGUAAACAGAAGACUCAUCAUCUUGCACAAAAAACUGUCAGACACUUGUUACAAAAGCAUUAUCAUGUGGACCAAGGAUAUGAAGCGGAUCUAUUUUCAGUACUUGAACCCAAUAUGGAUCCAUCUGCCCAAGCUUUUCAGCCGGGUGUUAUACUUUCCACCCCAAAGCGGUUGCAGGAAGAGCAAGGAUUUCUUCAGAAGCUCCGUGAGAGAUCUUCUUCAAGCCGUAAAAAGUCCCUUUCAAGAUUUAGUAGCUCGUCUCUGACGUCACUUGUUAGUUCCCCAGUACUGAAGCAGGUGAAAAACAGGGUCUUGCAUGAGAAGUAUAUUGACCAACUACAUUGUAGGGAAGCCAAAAGAAGAGCAGCGUCAGCACGCGCAGAAAAAUCCUCUGUUGUUAAAGAGGAUACAAAAGAUCAUGUUCAGAAUCUUGAUAUGGUUAAAGCAGCAAAGAAUGCACUGCAAUCUGAAGCCAGAUGUGUCAUCAAUCGGUAUCAACUUUUGCAGGCCAAUGCCCUGAGCAGCUCUGAUUUUAACGAUGACGAUGGUGUUGACAGCAAUGAUCAUCAUGAAAGUGAUGACGGAGUUUGAAAGUUUUCAAGAUCAAUUUGAAAUGUAAUUUUCUUCAUAUUGCUAAAUGCUAAAUGCUAAUUGAAGCUGCCAUGUGUGGCUGCUGACUUUGA